AUGGGAUCUUCUAAGCGCAAGACCCAGGAGCCCGACGAAGAUUUCUAUUCGGUCCGCGGCAUCUUGAACGAGAACAAGACCAAAUACCUGACCUUUGAGCCUACCUGGGAGCCCAAGGCCAACGUCACCGAGGCCGCGAUCCAAGAGUGGGAAGAAGAGAAGAGGCAGAAGAAACAGAACGAGGAAAAGAAGAGACAGAGAAAGAGUGCCGACCUUCCUGCUUCAUCCAGCGAUGUCGUCCAGAUCGAUGAUAAUGAUGAUGAUGAUAAUGAUGAGGAGCCCGAAGAUGAGCGUCCUCUCAAGGCCACAAAGACUUCUGGAUCCAAGCCUUCUGGAUCGAGGCCUCGCAUCAUGCUGAAGUAUGGAAAGAGGCAGACACAUGCAGCCGUCGAAGUUACUCCGACCAAGCCGACCGAGUCUGCAAAGAGAAAGCCUGGCAGACCGCGCAGAUCUCUACCUGGUGCUCCCGACGCACAAUCAAGCAGACCACACAAACCAGUCAUCGAAGACAUUCCUGACGCCGAGGCAAGAGAAGACGACGAAGACGAAGUUGCUCCGAAACCCCUCAAACGUGGUCGCGGACGACCUAGAAAGUCGCUCCCCACGAGAGUCGUUCAAGAGGAGAAAGAGCAGGGUAAUAAUGGUGAGGACCCAUCGAGACUGGCCAAGUCAAGUCCUCUGGCCCGACCACGUUUGCGUCUUGUCAACAACAGGAAGAGGUUGGUCAAUAUUUCUUCAGAUGAAGAUGAAGACGUACCUCUCGAAGGUCUGAAGCGCAAGAGACCUGUCAUCUCCGCUUCUUCAGAUGUCGAAGUACAACAUGCCAGGGAGGGUGCCCAACCCACUGCUGCUCUCCCUGCUGCCCGUACCGCUGCCCCCAAGAGGAGAAGAGGAAGACCUAGAAAGUACCCUCGUCCAGACAGCGUCGCACCGAGCCCCAUGACUCCAGCUGUCAUUUCUCGCCCUGAUCCUGAAGAGGUUGGUACGACUGAAAUCGAAGACAGUGAGAUGUAUGACGCUGCGGCUGCGCAGUUGCAGCGCGAGACACGAUCUGCCCGUAAGCAACCGCCGGGUCAACAACCAUCAGCUGACCAACAAUCUUCGCCUGGCCAACAAUCUGUGCGCGAUCAACAACCCUCGCCGGAGUUCGACGAAGGUGUUAGCGACUUCCGGUCGUCGCAGAUCAUUCGAGGCACGCAACCGGAGCCGCACCGUACUGAAGAACAGACCUCCAGUCUUGAGGAGCUCACAGAUUCUCAAUUCAUGGUUGACGCUGCUGCUGCAUCGAGCCUGUCCGCAAAGAACUCUCCUUACGAACCAGGAGCUACUUCCGAAUCUACUUUCGUCAACAGUACAGUCAACAGCUCGACAAGUGUCCACACAUUACCGAUUCCAGUGGCACAUCGUUUCGGAGUUGAUGCUGUGAUCCCCGACUCUCAAAGUUUCCUCGACGCGAGUAGCGUGCACAUAUCAGAGCAUCGUGUCGAAGCAGAACAACCUGAUCAAGUCGAAAGUUCUGAGGACGCCACAACAGAAAGCCAGAUUGUCGUGGAGCCUGAAGACAUUCGCCAGGUGGUUGCACAAGAUCUCCCUGUUUCUGAGAGCAGUAUGGCACAGUCGGAUGUCGCUGGUACUGCAACUCAAAGCGAACCAUCACUCGGUCUAUCAACAAGAAACAUUAUCGCUACAGCAGUGGCAUCCAGUGUCAUUGCUCAAGUUGUUGCUGCGAACGUCUCUACACGUUCUCCAUCACCAGUAUCUCUAGGCGCCGUGCGCUCAAGUUCUACCUCGUCUGCACCACCGACGGAGGCUGCCGAUAAAUCAACUCAAUCCCAAUCGCAGUCGCACUCCCAACCUCAUCAGCAUUCUUCAUCAAAAUCCCAUUCGAAAAGCGAGGCAUCAGUUGAGGCGUCCUCAUCCUCUGCUAUACCCAAUCAGGAAACCAGCCAGAACACAGCAUCUGGUCAGGCUCAGGCGGCCACCACCCAGCAAAGUCACGUGGAACAAGCCGCCCAGCAGAUCUCGUUCCAACUCCAACAACCUCCCGUCCAGCAGAUUGUGCCAUUCGAAUUUGCUCAGAGUCCUGCUGAGGAAGCUACAACAUCUUCUCUCGAGUUUGCUACCCAGAUUGCGUCCGUCCAGCAAGCACCCGCUCCCGAAUCACCUUCUCAGCCUGCUUCGGUGCAAGACAUACCCGUCUCCUCAAGUCCUAUUGCUUCUCCACCAUCGAAGCUGCCGAACACCAUUGGUGAAUCUGCUCCUUCGCUUAUCAAGAGCGUGUCCGAUCCUGAGCUCAAUCGUGAGCAGUCCAGUCGUGAGCAGACCCCAGCCUCCGAUAUGACCUCCAACACCAACCCCGAUGGCACCCCGGUCAGAGUAUCGAUGGUUUCGAGACUCAGAGCAAUGAAAGCUGCGAGCGCUGCCAAACUCGAGGCUGACUUGGCAGGCGACCGUGCCGCUCUCGCUGCCUUCCGUGCUGGUGCAAGUACUCCUGUCCCUUCCCGCGUUGCUGCACCUCUCCUAGACACGCAUUCGCCCAAGCCCGCAUCUGCAAUUCCGGCGAGACUCAUGUCACCUGCUGCUGGUGAUCGUGAGGCCCGCUCGCCCUCGACUGUCCCUCCAGUCGAGAUACUUCCGGACGAAACCCCUGAAGAGUACUCUCGCUCUGAACGCUACGAGACUCUGCUGCCUGGACAAGGUCCGCAGAUCAACGCCGACACUUCGCGUCCAUAUAUUUUGCACGAUGUCAUGAUGCCUGAUGUCUCUGUCGAUGCCAACCUUGACGACAACCAGCAUCUAAUCUCGCUGGACUUCGGCGUGUUGCAGAGGGAUCACUACAAAUGUGCCUUCGAUACCGACAAAGCUUUGAUCGAGGGCUUCACCAUGCACAAGGUCUGGCCAGCUGAUUCCGAGAUCGCUGAGAAGGCUCGUGAAUUCAUUGCUCAACUCCACUGCAUUGUUAAUCACCUCGACCUCAACAACCCUGGCGCAUCCCAAUCAUCUCAAACCACUCAGUCUCUCCAAGCUGAUUGGGACAUGACAAUGAGCUCCAAGUUCAGAUUCCUGAAGAGUCUUCUGGACGCAGCCAAGCGCAACAACCUCCAUGUUGCUUUGCUUGUCGACCAGGGUAGACUUGCUGGUAUCCUCCAAAGCUUCUUGCAGGGUAUCCACAUCAUGUACAAUGUGAUUAACGGUCAAGAUAAUGUCAUCAACCAGGAAUCAACAGCAACCAUUCUGUUGACCAGUGUCGAGUCUGUCGACAAAUCAUCACUGGACAUGGAUAUGGUUGUUGUCAUUGACGGAUGCAUGCCCAAGGACACCAUCACGCGCACACAAAAGAUGCUCUCUCGUGACACGCUCAUUCCUACCGUCUCACUUAUCAUCCCUUGCUCUAUCGAGCAUGCCGAGCGUUGCCUUGUCUCCACCAUGUCUGAAGCAGAGCGUCUUCACGUUCUAAUCAGCACUGUCACUGGUGAGAGAUCUAAUGCCGGCUGGCAAAGCGGUGGCACCGACACCGACUUCGAACACAAGGCAUCUGAAAUCGUCUCUUGGAUUCUCAAUCCUGAUGCGGCAGAUUGGCUCUUCUACGGCCUGCCCGAGUUGCAGUUGAUCGAAGCAAUCUCAAGCCAAUCUACCUCAGAAGAUGAAUUUCUGCUCGGCGGUGAUGGCAGCUCCAACAAACGUCAGCUGAACCACGAUGAAGUCCCCUCAGCAAAGAGAGUCCGUGUUGAUGAGUCUCUUCCCAUGACCAUCAACCCUGCUGACAUUCACAUCACACCUGGCACAUUGCCUGUAUCGAACUCGCACGUCAGCGAUUCUGUGACGGCUUCACAACAUGCCGCACAUGUCGCCACUCUUCAACAACUCAACCGUGCCCAGGCAGAAGUCCGUGAGCAUGUCCAGGCCAUGGAGAGAUUGCAGUACAACUCUGAAGAGCAGCGCGCACAGAUGGUACAAGCUCAGAAGGAACGUAACGAGGCUCUGCAGAGAGAGGAGAGACUGAGUAAGUCAAACAUCGAUCUCAGAGCUAAGAACACCUCGCUUCGUGACGAGGUCCUGGACUUGAAGAAACAGCUGGAGACUGCUAGAGCUGCAUUGGCCGAUCACACAGUCCCCGAACGCGCUGAGCUGGAGAAGAGCAAGGCAGAAACUCUUGCCGCCACGGCCGAGUACGAGAAGGAAGCCAAACGCGCCAAACAGCUCGAGGAGGCAUACGACUACCUACGUGAACAGUACCAGAACAGCUCGAACUCGAACACCGAGCUCACCGACACCAACAUUGCGCUUGAGCAACGCAUCGCUCAUCUCGAAGUCAGGGCUUCCGGCGAGCAAGCCAGACUCAAGCUCAUCAACAACGAUACCCUCAACAAGAACUACGAAGACACGAUCAAAAAGCUCACAGUCACAGCCACUGAAAGAGAAGGCACCAUGCAACGCAUGAGCGACGAAGUUGCUCGCUUGCGCGAACCCCGCGGUCGCGUAGGCACCCGCGCCAGCAGUAUCCCUCGCAGCCCUCGUGGCGGCACCCGCGAGCCACUGAGCCGUCAGGGCAGUCCUUCGGUGCAGCGCCCCCAUCCUUUGAGACAGACGGACUAG